AAGCGGGUAGGGGGUAGUUCAUUAAUGCUGGACAUCAUCGGGGCUGAGUUUGGAGAGUCAGCUCGGGAGGGGACAAAGGGAAGGCUUUAAAAGCGUCGCGAACAGGGAGAUAUUCCAUUUGGAAGAGGAAUCCGUCCUCCUUUUUUUUUUUUAAAAAAAAAGUAAAGACUUUGUGCUAAGCAGCAAGGCGUCCCAAUGCAACGGCUUGAGCAUCUCCUCUUUUACGUUGCAAUCUGCGCCAGCUUUUGCAACCGACAGGGCUCCAGCGCCGGCGCCCAGAGCGGAUCUAUCAGAGCCUUGCGCGCUUCGAACCUGCGGAGAGAUGAGAGCAAUCACCUCACAGCCUUGUACCGGAAGGAAGAGACCAUCCGCGUCUUGCGCAGUGGUGAGAUCCACAGCCCUCGUUUUCCUCACAACUAUCCCAGGAACCUGUUACUGACGUGGAGGCUGCUUUCGCCAGAGAAUGCAAGGAUACAGCUGGUGUUUGAUAACCAAUUUGGACUGGAGGAGCCAGAGAAUGAAAUCUGCAGGUAUGACUUUGUAGAAGUGGAAGAUAUAUCCGAAAUCAGCACGCUGAUCCGGGGGCGGUGGUGUGGGUACAAGGAAGCGCCUCCGAGAAUCACAUCGAAAACAAACCAGCUGAAGAUCACCUUCAAGUCGGAUGACUUCUUUGUGGCUAAGCCUGGAUUCAAGAUUUAUUAUUCCCUGGUGGAUGAUCUCCAGCCUGCUGCCGCUGAAACCAACUGGGAAUCGGUCACAAGCCCCGUCUUGGGCGUUUCCUAUCACUCUCCGUCAGUGACCGACCCUACUCUUACGGCAGAAGCUCUGGAUCAAACCGUUGCUGGGUUUGACACCGUGGAGGAACUCCUCAAGCACUUUAACCCAGACACGUGGCAAGAAGAUCUCGAAAGUCUGUACACAGACACUGCCCCACAUCGAGGCAGAAGUUUCUAUGAAAGGAAAUCGAAAGUUGACUUGGAUAGGUUGAAUGACGAUGUGAAGCGAUACAGCUGCACUCCAAGGAAUUAUUCUGUCAACAUAAGGGAGGAACUGAAGCAAACCAAUGUUGUUUUCUUUCCACGCUGUCUUCUCGUCCAGCGCUGUGGGGGGAACUGUGGCUGUGGUUUCAUGAACUGGAAAUCUUGCACGUGUACAGCAGGAAAAUUGGUGAAAAAAUAUCAUGAGGUGUUGAGGUUCAUCCCUGAAGCAGGUCACAUCAGGAGGAGGGGCAGAACCAAGAACAAUAUGGCACUGAUCGAUAUUCAACUGGAGCACCAUGAGCGCUGCGAUUGUGUCUGCAGUGCAAGGCCACCUCGAUAAAAAGAGACCAUGCCAUCCCGUUUGCAACUUAAAAGGACCUCUUUUCCCUUGAAGGAGGAGCAGUCUGCAGAAGUUCGCCCAGUGGCCACUGAACUUUGCUAACAGCCUGGCUUGUAGCUGGUAGAGGCGCCCACAGCCUCCCAACUCCAAAUACUAAGUGCCAUGACAGCUAAUCAUUAAUAACACUGAUUUAUGGUAUCUGAUUUCAAAUAUGGGAUUAAGCAGUAGAAAACAAGAGAAGCCAAAAGCUGAAAUCCUCAGUGCAUGCAGUGAGCAUGAUAGCAGUAUUCUUUUGGCUGAAUUUCCUAGUUGGCUU